GCGCAAGUUUACCACUAACAUUGUUUCCGUUGGAACGCGAGUCAUGGUUGCGAAGGCGGCGACAUAGACAGCUGACAGCUGUUGGGUAGUGUGGUGCGCUAGCGGUGUGGUGCCGCUAGAUCGGCGGCUGCCUCCCUCCUUUCUCGAUCGAUCGCCGGCGCGGUAGUGGAGUGGGUCGGCCUUUUAUCGGCGGUGGCUUUGCUGAUCUGCCUGGGGCGACUCGAGCUAGAACAGAGUGUGCCAGUGGCAGCGGCGGCAGCAGAGAAGUGCAACUGACGAUCGGAGCAGCAGGCGCUGGCUUGUUCCACAUCCGGGCUAGCAGCAGCAGUGACGAGCGAGCCGAGGUGAAUGCUGUUGUAGUUGCAUGUCGUGAAUGAGCGAAUCGCAGCGGCAGCAGAGCUGAACUGAACUACAGCCACUACUGCUACUACGACUACAGUUAAGUAAGCUAAGCUGACUGAGGAAGGUUGCCCAGCGCUUCAAGUCGGAAGUGCUACAGCGUCAACAGCGAAUCGCUGGCUGCGAAGUGCACACCAUCGAACGCCACUACAACUAAAGAUAUAGACCUCAGCUUACUAGCAGCAAGUGACGGUGCAAGCCAGAUCUGGUGUUGCAACAACCUAAGGUCGUAGGGCCGUUUGCGACGACGGCCGCCUGCUCGCGCUCCAUCGUUUGUGAGGGGUUGAGGAGAGGUUGUGCUGCGGAAAAAAGACGUGCGGACAACUGACAACAACAUUCAUCGUCCAUCAUUAUUUUGUUCGUGUUCGUGUUCGUUCGUCGUGUUUGUUUGAAUAACCGAUUCCUUAACAACCAUCGCAUCUAAUUUGCUGCUGCGAGGAUCACGACGACUUUCUUUCACGCGACACAAUUCGAUCGACUGACGUUCUCAACGAAGACACUUCUAUCAGCUGAACCACUCGAUUAACACCAACCAAAAAGGAUGGCCGGAAAAGAUAAGGAGGAAAGUGGAGGAGCACUUCGGUUCCUUUACAACUCGGAUACUGGAGAAGUGCUCGGCCGAACCGGAGCAUCAUGGCUAAAAAUCACAAUUUUCUACAUCAUCUUCUUCAUCUGCUUGGCGGCAUUCUGGACGGUUAUGCUGGUCAUCUUCUAUCAGACACUCGAUGCCUUCCAGCCAAAGUGGACCCUGGACGCUAGUCUCAUUGGCACUGUACCGGGAUUAGGCUUCAGGCCACGCCCACCGCUGUCUAACAUCGACUCAACACUCAUCUAUUUCAAGGCGGGAGGAAGCGACAGAGAUUCAUACAAGCACUGGGUGAAGGACCUCGAUGAUUUUAUUGAGAAGUAUCGCGAUGCAGGCAACACCGGGGAGCACCUUACUUCUGAAUGCGGUGUAGGAAGACCCGCGGGCGAUGGCAAGGCCUGCAUCAUCAAGGUUGAUGAUAUCUACAAGACGAAUUCAAAUUGCUCUACCCAGGAGGACUAUGGCUACAAAUAUGGAACACCCUGCGUCGCUCUGAAAAUCAACAAGAUCUACGGCUGGAAGCCCUCGCCAUUCUUGAACAAGGUCUUUCCUCCAGGGUUUCCCGAUGGCCUAAAAGAAAAUUACGAACACGGUCGCGUGUACAUCUCUUGCGAGGGCGAAAACGCAGCCGACCAAGAGAACAUGGGCCCGGUCUCCUUUCACCCAAAUCCGUACAUCGAUGAUUUCCACUUCCCGUACACGAACGUGCCGGGCUACAUGCCUCCAUUCGUAUUCGCGCAGUUCAUCAAGCCCGAGCGGGGCGUCCUCAUCAACGUCGAAUGCAAGGCCUGGGCUGCCAAUAUCGUCCAUGACCGACAAGAAAGGAUUGGUUCCGUGCACUUCGAGCUGAUGAUCGAUUAAGCACCCUCGGUUCUUCGGGCCAUCUCCGUCUCCAUGUUCGCCAAAAUCAAUGGUGGCAGCGAGUAUGGCCCUCUGGGGAAAAAGGACCCCACCUCACCCAUACAGUUGGUCAGUCGCCCUCGACUCUACGACGAUCUGCUACAGUAACGGCGAAGAACACCAUUAGACUUCAUUAAGACAUCAUAGACAAUUUGGCUACAUUGUCAGAGAGACCAACUACUUAUCAAGUGGCACUGCGCUAUCACAUCCUGCGGCCUCCAUCGCGCGCACCGCUGUGCGCAGCAAACUAUCACGGGCACCACGACAGCCGGCCGGCCGGCCGGCCGGCCAGCCAGCCAGCCAGCCUUCUGCAGGUGGUGGGGAAGGGGCCUAGCUGGUAAAGGUUGGCGCACCUGUGCACCGGCGCCUUUCUUCUCCAGGGAAAUAAUAACAAUAGGCCAGAUAUAGGAAAUAAAGGAGGCGGUAGCGAUAAUAGGGCAGAGCUUAAAAUAAGCCCCGAUGUCUCACUAUUCACAAAUCAAUUACCACUAGCCGAUUAGAUUUACACGCCAUGGAGCAAUCAUCUAAUAAGAAACAAAUGGUACAAUAGAUACAAUUGACUCGGAUAUAGUCGAGAAAAUUCACCGUUCCUAGCAGUAUAGAGAGAAUGGCCUAAGGUUGCUCACAAUUGAAACAGUCCCCUGAACAUUAGUAUACAGUAACUAGUCUCAUAGCUAUCACGUACAUUUAUACAGGAAAAAGACUUUUAUGCCAAACACACGCAUACAACACGGAUCAUUACGGCCACGAGUACAGUUUACCUAUACCAUGAACAACGACAGCGACCACGAUGGUAAUAGUUUUAUAGCAACUAUAUGAAGCACUUUGUAAUUGUGAUUAAAUGCGCUGCGGGUUUAACGCCAGAGGGGUCGGAAAGACGUCUGUGUCCCUUAUAUUUCAUUGUGUUUUUAUUGGAUACCUCUCAUCUGUGGCUCGUAGACUAUCUUGCAAAACGAUCCUUGCUUAAUAAACGUAACGAGGAAAAAAAUAAUACUUAACAACUGUAUGGAUGUGGAUUUCACAACAAUUUGGUACGAUGGUCAUUGUCAUCAUCGUCCUCCAUGAUGAUUAACGUCAGAUCGCUGUUAGUCCGUAUUCUGGUCCAUUCGCCUAUCUCAUUGAUUGACUCACUGUUGCUAGCGUUGAGUGAUUGAUUGGUAAUAGACGUGCUGGGUUCACACUGCGUCGGUGCGCCUCGCCCAGCAUCUGGAAGCUGCAACAAUACCAUCCGACCAUCUGGCGUUCCACCCUCGCAGCGAUCAAUAUAGGGGAAGAAACGUGCCUCUGCGUAAAAGCCCUUGUGGUCGAAGUAGUGUCAUUAACGCCGCGUUAAUGACGCCGACUGACGAAAGUAAAACAUGAGCGGUUACAAUUACGGCAGCAAAUGCUGUGAGCGCUAACGUAGAAAAACAAAUUAGGUAAGUCAGGACAGUCGACGGCCACUAUUCUUAUCAAGUUUGAGACUUUCUAUCGCAAGUCGUCAGUGAAGUGAGCACUACUCAUAUUAGUUGCGUGUGUGUACUACCGGAAGCGAGAAUGCUGGGGAGGGAGCAAAAUGGUUCGGACCUAUUUCCAAUGCUGCUAUUAACAAUACUAAUAGUAGUAUUAUUAUACUAUGUAUGACUCAGUGACAACUGUGACUGUUCGGUGAAAUAGUUGCCAUUCUAAUUGUGCUUAUUUGUGAGAACUUUUUCUCGAAGACAUUCCGUCGUUGAAAAAUUUCGAAUACGUGCUGGAACAGCACGAACGUAAUUUCAUCAUUCAGCAAAGUAGCUCAGAAGAAAUCAACGAUCAUUCAUUAGUUGAUCUGGCGUUGUUUUCCCCUUUUGUGACAAAAAUUAUGUCAAUGAGAAGCUUAGGCACGGGGAGUAGGCAAGUAUAAUAGACCGAAUAAUGGAAGAGAAAUUGCAUGGAAAAUGAAUGAUUUGCUGUUAGCUGAUGAUAAACUGAUUUCCCGGGUUGGAAAACAGGCGACGAUGCUGUCGAUGACAAUUAACAGAGAAUAUAUUUAAACUAAAUAGCUGAUCAUAUGAGACACGGGUGGACACGUAUGGCAAGGACAAGUGGAAGUGUGCAAAAACGAAAGCGGCAACGCGAACACAUUAAGAAAAUUGAUAGCAUAAUAAUAACGAUGAGAACAACAAUGAGCGGAGUUGUAGGUAAUGGAGGAAAACGGUUGAAAAAGUGCCCCUAUACGUAAACACUUGCGUUGGUUAUUACUUUAAGGAACACUGGUAGAUACUGAAAAGAUCCGCGUCCAGAUCUGUGUUGUUGUCGAGUGGCUGGGAUACUAAACGAGGCCGCCUUCAAUCUGCUAUCGCUAUUGCAAUAGGACAUGGCCAUCAGUACACAUACAUACAAGCGUGCAGGCAAGCGGCACCAACCACAUCGAUAAAUGGGGACACAUAUACCUGUAGAGGAUACAAGCAAGAACGUUAAACACAGCAACGGCGCGAAGCAAGAAACAAACGAGAAAGCUCCGAAGUGUUGCGUAUUCAGACAGAUAAACUGACGCCAGAAUAAUAAAAAUACAGAAAUAGGAGUGGGAUAUGAUCGAGCUGUCGAUGAACCUGUCCGCGAUUCGAGGGGUAAUUGUUAGCUGAAAAAAAACGUCUAACGUUUUGAUUGUACAAACAAACAAAAAAAAAAAGUAAUCAACAAAACUUUGUUACAUGUCGGCUGCUUGCACUAACAGAACCUCAUAGACAGGUAAUAAAUAGAUAUCGGGUAAAAAGAGAUUGGAGAUCUGAGACAAAGUAGACAGAAACGACACGAACGUAUGAAAUUAAGAGAAGCGAAACAAAAAUGUGUUUGUUCGGAACGCCAAAUAUUGCGUCGUACUGUUGCGUCGGUCUGAUUAUUGUUGUCGUUGUUGUUGUUGUUGUUGUUACAAAUGAAAUAGUGCUAACAGCAAAAUAACCAUAGUUACAAUAAUGAUAAAACUAUUAAUAUUGGAACAGUCUUCAAAGCAGUAACGAUAAUGUAAAGUGAAAAUGAUGAUAUGACAGGUUGGGGUAUUGCAAGCCCGUUUUUAUAUAUAACAGUGUUUUUCUUAUCGAGCCAUAAAGUACCCGAUGAUUCCUCUGACUUUAAUAGAGCGAGAAAAAGAUAACUUCAUAAAUGUACUUAUCAGCAGACAAAUUUUAGCAAUUCAACAGCAAUAGUAUACUAAUGAUGUUACUACAUCGUUACUUAUACAUUGAGCAGACAACAACAACAACAACAACAACAACAACACGACGACGACGACGACGACGACGACGACGACGACGACGACGACAAAACAGCAGCACAAGUGCAAUGAUAGGCA